AUGACAUCCCCCUCAACACGCCGCCUCCUCAAAGAAUCAACAGACAUCCACAAAAACCCAAGCCCCUACUUCACGGCCUCCCCAACCUCCGACUCAAACCUCCACGACUGGCACUUCACCCUCACCGGACCCCCAAGUCCAACCCCCUACGCCAGCGGCCUCUACCACGGCCGCAUCACUUUCCCACCAACAUACCCGCUCCGCCCACCGAGUUUCCGCUUCCUCACACCAUCAGGCCGAUUCGAGGUGAACCGCGAGAUAUGCCUGAGUAUAUCGGGACACCACGAGGAGACGUGGCAGCCGGCGUGGGGGGUGCGGACGGCGCUGCUGGCGAUUCGGAGUGAGAUCAUGGGGGCGGAGAGUAAAGGGCAGGUUGGGGGGAUGGAGGGGAGCGAGGAGGUGAGGAGGGAGUUUGCGAGGGAGAGUCGUGGGUGGGUUUGGAGAGAGGGGGUGGAAGUUGAUGUUGAAGGGUGUGAAGUUGUAGGAGAGAAGAAGGAGGAGGAGGAGGAGGAGGACGGCGAGCAGAGAGUGGCUGCUGUUGAUGAGUCUACAUCUUCGCCAGCUGCUUCGGUUUCAACAUCUGCCAAUCCUUCAGUGCCUCCAGUGCCUUCAGGUUUAUCCUCGACUCCGGCAGUCGUCCCAUCCGCACCAUCGACUCAAUCUAUUCGCCCUCGCCCAACGCCGACAGCUCCUGCGCCUGCUCCUGUGGCUAUGGCUGCAAGAACUGCAGCCGCUACCUCAUCUGAGCCCGCAAACAACCCUUGGCUAGACCGUGCCAUCAUCGGCAUCGUCUUUGCCUUGAUCAUCCUGAUCACCAAGCGUGCGGUCAAUGUCGACGACCUAUAA